AUGGCAGAGGAAGGAGAGAAGAGUGAGGAAAAUGUGUUGUCAGAUGAAGACCUUGUGGUGAAAAUGAACAGCACUUCAGCUAUAUCAUGGAAUUAUUUGGGAUUUAGGAGAGAUGACGCCGCAAACACAGGACUCUGUCUCUUCACCCAGUGCAUCUCAUGUCAGUCUAUUCUCAUCCAGAAGAGGAAGACCUGGUAUGAUGCACAAGCUUACUGCAGACAGAAUCACAUUGAUCUGGCCACUGUUCAAAGCAAUGAAGACUGGAUGUAUAUUCAAGGAGCUGUUCGACCUUCAUUGACUUCUUUAGCCUGGAUUGGACUCUACAAUGACAUUUAUAGCUGGCGGUGGUCUUAUCAAGAUGCGAACAUUACAUUUCAGCUUUGGGCAGCUGGAGAGCCAGACAACAACUAUGCAAACGAGGCAUGUGCAUUAAUGCGGGAUGACAUGUGGAGAGAUUACCCCUGCACUAGGCAGUAUCCCUUUAUUUGUUACGAUGGUAAGAAAUAA